AUGGAAUCAAACAACAGUUCAACAGAAUAUACGACAUUUCAGAGAGUUCUCUCGCUAACGAUUGGCCUAACAGCCAUCUGCUACGAUCCUUACAAAUGUCUUCGUAACGUACCAAUAGUAUUUGUAGCAAACCUCGCAGUCGCUGAUUUGUUGACAGGACUUGUUGUGGAUCCAUUGUAUGCUGUUUACCAUUUUGGUAUUUAUCAAAACAAAUAUUACUCGAAAACACUAGAAAUUGGUGAUUACGGCUCUUAUAUAACAGUCAACAACGCUAUAGUCACAAUAGUAAUACUCAUCAUCGACCGAAGUGUGACCAUUAAAAAACCUUUCUUGUAUCGUCGAGUUAUGACACUAAAUUCAGCUGCAAUAAUUGUGGCCAUUUCGUGGAUUUACUCCGGAUUUUUCUCCUCAUUUCGCCUAAUGGGAAUGUCUGACAAAGCGUAUAUCUUACUGAAUACACAUCUACAUGCGACUUUCUCAUUUCUCUCAUUGACUCUCUUAUUUGCUUUCAUAUACUUCAACUUGAAGGCAAAGAAAAGGCGAAGACUGAAAGAAGUCACAUCUGUGGUAAAUAUAGACAGUGCAACUAAAGAAAACAUUAAAAGAAUGAAAUCUGACAAGCGGCUUUUGGUGACAAUAUUCUUCAUCUUAUCGCUCUUUUUCCUAACAUAUUCGCCUUAUGCUGUUUUCAUUCAUUUGGAAUAUUUCUGCACAUCAUGCAGUAAAUCCAAGUUCUAUUAUUUCUUGAGCAAAACAUGCGAGCCUGUAGUGUAUCUGAACAGCGUUCUCAACCCAUUUAUUUAUGCGUGGAGACACAGAAACUUUCGUAAGGCUCUAGGAUGGGUCGUGAAGUGCAGUAGACGAAAUGUUGUUUAA